AUUGUCAUUUAGUUCAUUCUAAUAUAAAUAAGUAUCAAUGAAAUUUCAAAAACACUUUAGUUGGGGGUCCAGUUCACUUUAUUCAGAAUACGGAAUACCAUUUUGGUACUGAAAUAAAGUCGUAAACGCUCCAGAAUGAGAUCUAUUUUCGUAUUUUUUGCGCUUGUAGUGUUUACGGUUUCUGGGGCGGCACUUUCAAAAGAAGAUGAUGCUUUGACUGAGGUUUUACGACGUAUUGAAGCAUUGGGAGACGAAGCAAAUUAUACCGUGGAAUUCCUAAUUGAAUCUAAUGGAUAUCCUGUAGAAACUCAUAAAGUAACAACAACGGACGGCUACAUUUUAACUCUUCAUCGGAUCCCUUAUGGAUUAACUGGAAAAAGUUCAGGAAAAGUUGCAUUUCUGCAGCAUGGGAUUCUUUCAUCUUCUGCUGAUUGGUGCGUGUUGGGAGCUGGAAAGGCUUUAGCUUUUGAAUUGGCUGAUCAAGGAUACGAUGUUUGGAUGGGCAAUGCAAGAGGCAACUCUUGGAGUCGCGAACAUGAAUCACUUACAAUCGACGACUCAAACUUCUGGAAAUUUUCCUGGCAUGAAAUCGGCACAAUUGAUCUUCCAGCCAUGAUCGACUACGUCUUAGAACAAACAGGCGUUUCCGGGAUAUACUAUGCUGGACAUUCUCAAGGUACAACAGUAUAUUACGUCCUUAUGGCAACAUAUCCGGAGUAUAAUGAAAAGAUCAUUGUCUCAACUACACUGGCCCCAAUUGGCUUUAUGAGUCACAUGACUAGCCCACUUCUGAAAGUUUUAUCUUUCUGGACUGGCACCCUUGACACACUACUGGGGUUAAUCGGCGUAAACGAAUUUUUGCCCAAUAACGACUUCAUCAAAUAUGUGGUUGGAGACACCCUUUGUCAGGAAGACGCUAUCACGCAAUUCUUAUGCACAAAUGCUCUGUUUGCCAUUUGUGGAUUCAGCAGGGCCCAGAUGAACACCACUUUACUGCCCAUCAUGACUAAAUAUACUCCUGCUGGAGCUUCAACCAAACAGCUUAUCCAUUAUGGACAGGAAAUUCAAUCAGGAUACUUCCGGCAAUACGAUUACGGAAUUCUGUCUAACAUGGCACAAUAUGGCCGAGUGACUCCCCCACGUUACGAUGUCACUCAGAUCACUGCUCCAACUUACAUGAUCUACAGUAAAAAUGAUUGGUUGUCUGCAGAGACGGAUGUGAACAAACUAUGCAACAAAAUGGGUGAUGGCUGUAAGGGAAAGAUUUUGAUGAGCGACUUUAAGUUUAAUCAUCUGGACUAUAUGUUUGGCAUUGAUGCUCCAACGUUAGUAUACAGUAAGGUGAUCAGUUUGUUUGGAAGAUAUUAAAAAUAAAAUUAAUAAUAAUAAAAAACGAGAAGCUUUA